AUGGCUGAGGCUCAGGAUGACGAGGUGCGUGAACGCCUCAAAGCCGCCCUGUGGUACGCCGUCGGCAAGAUAGUCGACGAGGAGUCGCUGGCGCGCAACCGAAACGCGACCCCGCAAUUCAUCGGCGCCCUAACUGACAUGGUCUGGCAUCAGAUAGGAACCGUCGCCACGGACCUCGAGAGCUUCAGCCGGCACGCGGGGCGCUCGACCAUCACGACCGACGACGUGCUGCUGCUGGCGCGGCGCAACCAGGACCUGUACUCGGUCAUCAAGGACACGGUCGACAAGGAGAAGGCGGCCAAGGCGAAGGGCAAG